AUGCGGCGGCGACGUAGCAGCCGAGAGCUUACCUCAAGUCCCAAUCGUGACUUCUUCUUCGGUCUCGUAGAACGGGAUCGGGAUCGAGGAGGGGGUGAAGAUGUAGAUGGCAGUUGUGCGAUACCCGUAAUGAUGUCCUCCUGGAUGCGCGUUGCUGUCGUUUCGUGCGAGAGCGCGAAUGUGAGCGUUUCGCUGGGGUGCUCUGCUGAGCUGUGGCACCCGCUGGUGCGUGGGACUCUUGCGGAUGUGCUUCAAACUAGCGCAUGGUAA